UCAUAAAAAUGGAAACUAUAGAAGUCAUAUUGAUUAUUUUGAUGUUGCUGGAAGCCAGAGAGUGUUUUAAGAGGAUUUAUGGAGUUCGUAGUUGUUGGGUGCGACCUGCUCUGCAAAAUCGAGACACCCAUGGAUUUUUUAGCACGCAUUUUGGAUUCACUGAGGAAUUCAAGCAAGCAAUUCGAAUGGAAAAGCCUGUAUUCGACUUGCUCCUUAGUUUAAUAAGAGAGCGAAUAAGCAAAAAUUCUAACCGACCAUCUAUUCCCCCAGAGUUUCGUUUAUACUUAACCCUCAGCUACUUGGCUCACGGAGGGAGUAAGCCAUUUUAUUCCUGCGCUUUUAAAAUAGGGCUAUCCACCAUGAAAGAAAUCGUUGGAGAAACGUGCGAUGUCUUGUGGGAGAUACUUGGUCCUGUUUAUUUGUCAGUUCCACUGAAAGAUGAAUGGAAGCGUAUUGCCACGGACUUUUAUUUAAUGUGGGAUUUACCUAAUUGUAUUGGUGCGAUCGAUGGUAAACAGAUCAAUAUAUUUUGCCCAUCAAACUCGGGCUCCCUUUUUUACAAUUACAAAGGGACGUAUUCUAUUGUUCUGCUGGCGGUGUGCGAUGCCAAUUACACUUUUACUGGCAUAGAUAUCGGGGCUUACGGUUCGCAGAGUGAUGGCGGCAUUUUGUGGAAUUCAGGCUUUGGAAAACUCCUAUACAAUGGAAAACUGGAUCUGCCUGAAAACAGUAUAUUACCAGACACUGAUAUAAGUUUCCCGCACUACUUUGUAGGUGAUAACGCGUUUCCAUUGAAGUCAUUUUUAAUGAGACCAUAUCCAGGUUUGUAUGAAUACAUAAUUUAUACUAAGUUAUUUCCUCAUUAAAUGCAUACUUAUUUUAUUAAGGAGCCAACUUGCCUCUGGACAGGCAAAUUUUUAACAAGCGGUUGUCCAGAGCA